AUGUCAAAUUUACAGGAAAAAUUGAAUCAGAAUGAUAAAUCUUCUGAGAAGAUCGAUGUAAUAAUUGUUGGUGCUGGAUUUUCUGGAUUAUAUAUGCUUUAUCGUGUACGAGAACUUGGAAUGACAGUAAGAAUUAUUGAAGCUGCUGCUGGAGUUGGUGGUACAUGGUAUUGGAAUCGUUAUCCAGGUGCACGUUGUGAUAUUGAGAGUUUACAAUAUUCAUAUUCAUUUAGUGAUAAAUUACGUGAAGAAUGGCAUUGGAGUGAACGUUAUGCUUCUCAACCAGAAAUUCUCAAUUAUCUUAAUUAUGUAGCUGAUAAAUUUGAUUUACGUAAAGAUAUUCAAUUUCAAACUCGUGUAACAACUGCAAACUUCCAUGAAACUCUUGCGCGUUGGAAUAUUCAAACAGAUAAUAAUGAACAAAUAUCCGCAAAGUUUUGCAUAAUGGCAACUGGUUGUUUAUCAGUACCAAAAAAAAUCGACUUGAAAGGAAUGGAUACUUUUAAAGGUAAUAUUUAUUAUACUAGUCAAUGGCCACAUACAUCUAUUGACUUUACCGGUCAACGUGUAGCCGUUAUUGGUACAGGAUCUUCUGGGAUACAAAGUAUUCCUAUAAUAGCACAACAAGCAGAUCAUGUUUAUGUAUUUCAACAAACACCAAGUUUUAGUAUUCCAGCACAUAAUGGUCCACUCGAUACAAAAGUCGAACAAUCAUGGAAAAUAAAUUAUGAUGAACAUCGACGUAAAGUUUUGGGAUCAAGUUUUGGUGUUGAAGUUAACGAUAUGAUUUCUGAUAAACCAGCAACAACUGCUACUUCAGAAGAACAACAAGAAGUAUAUGAAACACAAUGGCAAAUAGGAGGUCUUACAUUUAUAUUUUCAUUCAAUGAUUUACUUUUCAAUAAAGAGGCAAAUACCACAGCUGCAGAUUUCGUGUCUUCAAAAAUUCGUGCCAUUGUCAAAGAUCCUAUGACGGCUGAAUCUUUGACAUCACAAGAUUAUCCUAUCGGUUGUAAACGUGUUUGUAUUGAUACUAAUUAUUAUGAUACAUACAAUCGUAAUAAUGUUACUUUAAUUAAUCUUCGAAAAGAAAAUAUUGAAGAAAUUACAACAAUUGGAAUCAAAACUAAGAACAAUAUCUAUCAAGUCGAUAAUAUCAUAUUUGCUACUGGUUUCGAUGCCAUGACUGGAGCUCUACUUAAUAUUAAUAUUCAAGGUCGAUCAGGUAAUAAACUUAAAGAAAAAUGGAUAAAAGGACCAUGUACCUAUCUUGGUAUUAUGACUGCUGAUUUUCCAAAUCUUUUUAUGAUCACUGGUCCAGGAAGUCCAUCGGUAUUAACUAAUAUGAUCGUUUCCAUUGAACAACAUGUUGAAUGGAUUACAGAAUGUCUAGAUUAUUUAAGAAAGCAUCAUUACGAUAGUAUUGAGGCGACGAAUGAAGCUGAAGAUGCUUGGGUUAAUCAAGUAAACGCAAUUGCUAAUGCUACAUUAUUUCCUACUGCUAAUUCUUGGUAUAUGGGAGCGAAUAUACCGGGAAAGCCAAGAGUUUGUAUGGUCUACGUUGGUGGUUUUGUUGCAUAUCAUAAGAUAUGCCAAGAUAUUGUGGCCAAUGGUUAUGAAGGUUUUCAGUUAAUGAAAAAUAAUUAA